GCGGUGGCCCUCACGCGCCGCUACACCGAUGGCCAGGCCUGCGUUCUGAAACCUUACUCGAGUUAACUCUAGUUAACUCGAGGCGUUCAGAAACGCCCGAGUUGACCCAUUGUGGCGUUCAGAAAUACGCUUGAGUCAACUUUCGAGUUAACUAUUUCUACCCACGUCGAGGAGGUAGGUAGAAAUUACUCGACAUGCGCACAUAACGCAUGUUCUCGAAACACGCCUUUAGGUUAAAGUUAUUUACAAGAACUGGCGAACAAAAAGGGAUACAUUAAUUUCGUUUCGACAUUGAGCUCUAACGAAUGUCAUACUUUUGUGGAAAAAUGUCUGAAAACAAACAAUAAAUCAUAUUUGUGACCGAUGAAAAAGGAAAUAAAAUUUUCAACAAGGACGGGUUAGUCCUCGUUCAAAAUACGGCAGACCAAACUGUCAUGUACGUAAAGCUACUUGAGGGAUUGAUAAACAAACCAUGUAAGCAAUCUUUGAAAGAGCAAAAUUCAACAUUUCUUUCUCCAUCAAACACUCAAUUCCCAAGCAGCCAGGUGCAAUCCACCGUGCAAUGGCAGGAGCAUCAUCACAUUGAAGCAGUUGCAACAUCAAGACGAGACGAUUAUUGUAACUCGGGGCCCUUGGGGAAUGCUAGCAAAGAAGACCCUACCAACGAAAAAGUAAAUUGGUCUUCCAAUGCUAUUACAGCUUUAAUGGCUGAGUACAAAGAUCAUGCCAAAACCUUCCGGACAAAUACUAAAGGGCAUACCAAGAUAUGGAAAAAGAUUUCGUCUAAUUUGCACAUGAACGGCUACUUAUAUACGCAUAAGCAGUGCGAGAACAAGUUUAAAAAUUUAAAAAAUCGAUACCACGCCAAAAUCGACAAUAUGAAAUCUAAGCAAACUGGAACACCGCCUUUACGAUUUGACUACUUUGAUAUAUUUCACGAAAUAUUUGGGCAAAAGCCAAAUGUCGAACCAGUUGCAUUAGCCUCUGCGACAAGAGGAUCAGCGUCAUUGGACAUUCUUAAGGCAGUCAAUGAUAAUGUCAUAUUUCAAGAUGACAGUGAUGAAAACGAAGCGUCUAUCAAUGACGUAAAAAAGAGAAAACGUGUUGAAGCAACGCCUACGCAAAAUAAAGAAAAAAAAACGAAAUUUGAGAACGCUGUCGACGAGAUGAAGAAGGCAAUAGAACACAAGUCAACACAGCAAGAUCUCAGGCAAGAGAGAUUAUUAGCUGUUUACAAAGAACAAACUGAUCGCUUGAUUAAUUCAAUGGACAAUCUUAUCAAGAAAUUGUAGUACAACGAUGACUGACUACCAAGACUGACUGGAGUGACUUUAUAAGUUUCGAUAUAUAAUAAGUGUAGUUAGCCAAGUUCUUUCUCUAUUCACUCCAAAUUCUUGCGCGUCGAUCAAACAACCAUGGAGCGUCGUCGCAGCCAGAAAGUAAGCAACGAAGAUAAACAAAAAUGACUUUUUAUUUUCUGAAAAUAUAUAUAUUUCUGAAUAUUAACAUAAAUUAUUUUAGGUCUCAAAAGAAUUUGCUUGGAUGUAUCUUGAUCAGAGAUGGGCGAAUUUGUAAUUGACUAUUACCAAAUUACAAAUGCUCAAAACAAUGAAUAAUUAAAUGUGAUUUAAUUACACAUUACUUUGAACAUUUAUAAUUAAACACCAUUGAAUU